AUGAACGAAAGUAAAAUCAAAGUGCAAACAUUUAAUGAUUUGCGGCAUUCUGAAGAACAAUUGAAACUUAUUCCACUUAAGAAAAUUGCGCGUGUUUCACUUAAUAGUUUGCGUCGCCAGGACAGUGACUUCGAAGUAUACGAGUUUUUAUUUACAAAAGUGCUUUACUGUUUUAACCCGAACGAAUUCGAAACGGAAAUUUCCCAACUGCUGCUUCCUGAGCUAAAACAACAUUUGAAAAAGAUUUCAAUUGAGAUAAAGGAUAGCGCCCUAUCGACUUUCUUGGUCGACAACUUCAAAUCAUUAAUAUCAUUUGCUGAUGUACUACUUAAAUUUGCUGGAUACGUAAUUGAGGUAUCAGAAACAUGCCGGCUGCACCGGACAGUAACUAUCUUUCUAGAAUUUCUUGUGAACAGCUACGAUGUCAUCGGAGAGAACAUACAGCUUCGAGCCAAUCAGGACGACCUCGUAAAACAACUGUUUACCUUGUGCCAAAAAAUUCAAUAUCUAAUCGUCAAAUUGCUGGCACCUGUUGACGAAGCUGGCGUUUAUUUUCAACAUCUAGACACAAUCGAAGAAUUCAAUUGCUUCCAAGAAGCAAUUGUAAGCUUCUGUAAAAUAGGCUCAUUGACCAUCAGCAUUGAUACCAGACUUUCUAUGGCAAUUUGGAAAGCUUUAGUAAAACUUAUCUCAAUGCACGACAAAAAAUUGACAGCAAAAGAUUCCACCUGGUUGCAUGAGCGAGUUCUUCAAAUAAAUAACGACAUACAGAAAUUGCUGCAGUCAUCAAUGGCAAGUCGAGAGGACUCAAAAGCUGCACUCGUUCGAAUCAAAUUUAGUGGGUUUCUAUUGAAAGUUUUGCUUAAAUUAGUUCUCACAAUUAAAAAUGACUUCGUUUCGUACGACUGCCUGUUGAACACAAUGGUUUCUAUUGAAAAAGAUUUGUCGGUGAAAGAAAUUGAUGAGAGUUUAGCCACAGAAAUUUGGCAACAUGUAAUGGUAGGUUAUAUGACGCUGGUAAAAAACACAUUUAGGUGUCCGGGUUUUGCUAAGGCACUUACUUCUGCGCAAUACCACUUUUGUGAUGAAGUUAAAGCGCAUGUUGGUAUUAUAAUCUACGUAAUUUCUCAAAUUAUUGCCGACUGCCGGAACGUGUCAACUACUGAAUUGUAUGUAAUUGAAAACAAUUUAUUAAUGACCUGUGUUCGCAUAUUAGCGAAUGGACAUAUAUUGUUCAAUAACCAAAAUGACUUAUACCGUCAAAUGGUAGUACAUCUAUCUGGAUUUGUGAUUAUAUGUACUAAACUGCAAUCGGUGCAAGCGCAAAAAAUAGUUGAGGAAACUUUGGCGCGAAUGAUUCUUCAAGGCCCCUACUGGGUAGGCAUCAUAGGACUGGAUAUUUGGAGUGUAUACCUUCGUUAUCGCCCUGUGACGUUACUUUUACAGUACUUCAUGUUUUGGAAAGAAGUCAGAAAUGAAUUUUCAUUAUUCAAUUCCCAACCUCAAGCAGUGUUCGUUAGCAGGUUACUUCAAAAUAUGUACGUAUUCCUCCCGCCUAACAUGCAGCAGCGAGUAUGGACGGAAUUUCCUGUAACCGAAAGAACUAACUACAAAUUGUGGAUCACAAUAGGGUUGAAACACGGUGAAAGUAAACAAGUUUUAGCUGCUGAGCAAUUGUUAGUGAAAAAUCUCGAAGAUUGCAGGUUACAUAAUUCUUCACAGAUAACGUUGGAAAAAGUUGGUGAUUUUUUGUGCAUAGCCCGGUUGCUCUGUGAAACAUGUCACAAAAAUAUAUCAGAAGUUGUUGUUUCUAAAAUCAAAGAUCUAUGGGAAGCUAUCACUGAUAACGAGAUGAAAAUUAUGAUAAACAGUUCUAUUAUUGCAGAGCUUAUUGCUUUAUCCAACUUAUCGAUUUACCGCGAGAGUGUUGUUAGGUCCGAUAUGUGGAAUUUUGAAUCUUUGAGUCUGUCUGCGCAGUUUAACGCACUACAAACAAAUGAAUUGCUUUCGGAAAAUCUAUUGAGACAACUAUCAGAUAAUAGUAAUGUCUUAAUUAGAGUAAUUUCAAUGUAUUUAAAAACAAAAAGGAAGCAAUCCGUUUUGAACAAUACGGCCGAAAUAGUUUGUUCUAACUGGUUAAAGCAACGAUUGCUGUAUCAAAACAAGUACAAGGUUGUUUUACAUGGCUGCACGUCGGAAGCUCUAAGUAAUAUUGAGGACUUAUUGAUAACGGAUGACAAUAUAUGGUGCUCGACACCAAUGGAAAAUCCUGGCUCAAAACGACGGAAAAUCGCCAACGAUAUUGAAGCUUUAAGUCCUAUUAGCAAGGAUAAUUGUGUAGUCACCUCUACAAUCUACGAGCUAAAUCGAAAUGUUGAAAUUUUACGACAAAUGAAAAAAGAAAAAGCUUUAAAUGAACAUCAAUUAUCUGAGAUAUGUAGGAUAGGAUCUAUUUUAAGUACAUUUACUGAUAUGGUUGAUUAA